AUGCCUUGCCCGGCCGCUGACGGCGCGAGGGCCGUGGUUCUUGAGUACCUGGUGCUGACGGCCCUUCUUGAGGAAAGCGUCUUACCAUCUGACAGCGGACCACAUGGCACCAAGAGCAAGAGGGAUGUAGACUGGUGGAAGAAGAUCCUCCCCUGGUGCCUCUCUGUCCCGCAGGCCAGCCUCCCCCGCGCCAGCGACUCAGCUGUGCUGGUGCUGCCGCCUUCCCCGGGUCGGCGUUCCUCCAGCCCCAGGCUCAGUGUGGACUCAGAAGGGGGAAGCCGCCUUCUGGAAGAGGACUCAGAAGUCUACAAGAUGCUGCAGGAGAAUCGUGAGGCACGGGUCGCCCCCCGGCAAUCCAGCUCCUUUCGGCUCUUGCAGGAAGCCCUGGAGGCUGAGGAGAGAGGUGGCACGCCUGCCUUCCUGCCCAGUCAGCUGAGCCCCCAGUCCGCCCUGCCCACCUCCAGGGCCCCGGCCACCCCGCCCAAGCUCCACACAUGA